UUCCUUUUUAAAGUUGCUAUCAUUUUGCGACUUUAUGAGUACACAAUGUUGACGUGAUUUGAUUAAAAUCUUAACCUGUGUGACAGUGGUACAGAUGACACAUGUUGAGUAACAACGCAUGCCUGACGAAAUGGAAAAAGCGCCCAAGCCAAACAUGAAUUCUUCCGCUCUGAUAGAUUUGAAAGCUGAGCUGUACCGGAAGCAGGAAGAGUUCAAACAGUUGAAGAAUACAACAGGAACGCGAAUCAAAGGAAGAACACAGGAAAAGACAACACCUGACCUGUUCAGUCGGAAGAACAAGGGCGUGUUGGAGCGGGCACAGCGGGACCUGGAGGAGAAGGUGGAGGAGGAGGAUGUGCUCGUCAGGUCAAGAAGAGCUUUAGAAGCCAAGGCCAAGUUGUAUGACAAGAUCUCUUCCAGUUCUGAAAUUCCUGAGGAAGAUGGCAGUGGAGUGUUCCUUGUUGAUUUCCAGAAGAAAGUUAUUGACAAUAUUGUGGAGGCCAGAGACAGAGAGUAUAGCAAGGGGAGACAACUCCCUGCAGACAACCAGGAUGAGGAAGAGAUGCUUUCCGACACUGUUCCUCCACCAUCCGAUCCUCAGGAGGAGUGGGUGGAUUACACAGACUCUUUGGGCAGAUCUCGGCGCUGUAUGAAGAAAGACUUGCCACAGUUGAUCCAACAGGACAAGGACAUGGCUAAAGUCAGAGGGGAGGACUCAAGUCGACCUCCUCCCCCUGAGGAUGAGGACACACCGUCCUUGAUGUCCAGCGACAUGCAUCGUGAGCUGCUGAGACAGAAGUGGGAGAAGGAAGAGCAGGAGGCCCUCCAGCAGUCAAACAUACACUACGCUAAUGUCCAGUUUGAUGAGAUCCGAACUCAUGGAGUUGGAUUCUACCAGUUUGACAAGGACACUGACAAACGUCAGGAACAGAUGGACACACUGAACAAGCUGAGGGAUCAGACGGUAGAUGAGCGAGGUCGUCGAGAGAGGCUCAAGGAGAAGCGGAAGGCCAUGUUGGAUGCUCGACUUGCCAAAGUCAAACAGAGACGCAGGCUGAAGGAGGGGGCGCCACUAGCGGAAGAGCCAGCCACUGAGGAAGAGAUUGGUCCCAGGCUGGAGGAGAUGCUCUCCGGACAGAGAUGUAAACCAGAGAGGACGGAGGUGAAACAGGAGAACCCUGAGGUUGAGCCUCUCAAACGAGACGACAGCUGGAAGAAGGACGCACCCGAGAGAGAGUGGGACAAGGGCAAGGAAAAAACCCUGGCAUUCAAGGAAGAGAGAUACUUCUCACAGCGUCGGGAUGAACGGCUGAACGAGUUCGCGCCACCUUCUGCGUACUUUGACUCUCCUCCAGUCAGACAACCACCAAAGACUAAAUCUGCCUUCGGGAAACCCUACAAUAUAUCCAACACAGACUUAAAACCCAAAACUGUUGUGUUAACCAGAGAAAGUAUUCAAGCUAAACAUCAACCUCAACCAGAGAUUGUUGAUGUAAGUGCAAUACCUCUACCAACUAACAUCAGAAAAAGUGAUUGUACAUCGGAGGAUAACAAACAAGAUGCUAUGAAGACCAGCAUGAUUUCUAAGGCCCCAGGUGCACCUCCUGGCCUUGCCCCACACGUAGACUUCUCUGUACCUCCCCCGGGGUUCCAGCCACCUCCCCAGUGGGGCCCCUAUCCUUCAGUUCCCCCAAGCUCGUCAAUGUAUCCUGGUCAUGAUGGUUUCCUGUCCGGGUCAGUCAUGGCAGGGGUAGGUCAUCAGUUACCAGACACCUCAGUUCCACCCCCGAACACCUUUAUCCAACCACCUAACUCCUACGUCCCACCCCUAAACAGCUCAGUCCAACCACUGAACACCUCGGUCCCUCCUCCGAAUACCUGGGUCUCGCCACCUGGUGUCUCAUUAGGACCUCCAGAGUCGACACCAGCAGAUGCGACAGAGGAGCAAGCAGACGCUUCAACUCCGUCUUCAUACCCUAUACCUCACACCCACAGUUCAGGAACUUCUGGAGCAGAUGUGAUGGAAAAACCUAUUUUCGUACCCCGGACAGCGGUUCUGGAUACCCGUCUAGUCCAGAAUGAGGACAGUGAGGCCCCAACCGUGUGCGGUGGUGUUCCUGAUGUCCUGGCCCAGCCCUACCAGCCCGGCAGCUUCAUGGCCGCCCUACAAGCCCAGCAUCAGGCCACGGAGGACCUAGCUACAGCAUCACGCGAGAAGGCACACUUCCGAGGUGGACCUGUCAUAUAUAAACAUGAACCAGUUGUGACGGUCACUGAGAAGGCUGUGGUAGAAUCAGAGUCUGUGUCAUGUGAACAGUCGACUGAAGAUGUAGUCGCAGCCUUCUUGAAACAGAUUAAGGACAAAGUGUGACCAUGUGAUAGUUAACUGUAACUUAUUGUCAAAAGAAUAAAAUUUAUGAAAUACC